AUGAAGUCAUUCUUUGGGCCGGGCGCCAUCGCCGCCCUUUUAACGGCAGCAGAUAUCGCUGCUGCGCAACAGACGCCGUUUUCCAUUUCCUCAACCGAUGACAUCAAGAAAACAGCAUCCAUCCUAUCGUGGGAUCUGCUUCAAUACUACAAAGGAAAUGAAUCUGGCCAAACCCCAGGCCUUCUUCCCGGACCCCCUCCUGUUGGACCUUACUACUGGUGGGAAGCCGGUGCCAUGUUUGGCACGCUGAUCGAUUACUGGUUCUUGACCGGCGACAGCACCUACAACGACCUUACCAUAGCAGGAAUCCAGUUCCAGACGGGAACCGACGACGAUUUCCAGCCCCGUAACGAAACGCUCUCGCUAGGAAACGAUGACCAAGGCUUUUGGGGCAUGACGGCCAUGUUGGCUGCCGAGGAAAACUUCCCCAACCCUCCUGAAGGGAGGCCCGGGUGGCUGGCCCUGGCCCAGGCAGUCUUCAACACUCAGGCCAGUCCCGACCGUCACGAUGACACUUGUAACGGCGGUUUACGGUGGCAGAUUCCUCCGACCAACAAAGGAUACCCCUACAAGAACAGUAUUGCCAAUGGCUGUUUCUUCAAUAUCGGAGCACGUCUGGCCCGUUACACUGGCAACACGACCUAUUCCGACUGGGCUGAGAAGACGUGGAACUGGUGGGCAGGCGUCGGCUUCUUGGAUGCCGAAACAUAUGCCAUCUACGAUGGAGCUGAUGUUGCGGUGAACUGCACCGACAUCAACAAGGCCGAGUUUUCGUACAACAGCGCAGUCUGGCUUCUCGGAGCCGCAUACAUGUGGAAUCAUACCAAGAGCGACGUAUGGAAAACCAGAGUCAACAAACUCGUCGAUCACGGCCUCGAGACCUUCUUCCCCAAGGGCAUUGCGUAUGAGCCCACUUGUGAACCUUGGGGCACUUGCUCUACCGAUAUGUUGUCCUUCAAAGGCUAUGUCCAUCGAUGGUACGCUACUACUACGCAGGUUGCUCCCUUUACGGCUGCAAAGAUUCUUCCCGUGCUUAAGAAAUCGGCGACGGCGGCCAUUAAGCAAUGCACGGGCGGCGCCUUGGGUCGCCAAUGCGGCUUCAAGUGGGAUUCGGGCAAGUAUGAUGGCGUCACUGGCGUGGGCCAAGAAAUGAAUGUCUUGGGCGCCGUUUCGUCCCUUCUCAUCGGCGGCAGCAAGGGCCCAGUGACCAACAGCACCGGUGGCACGUCGCAGGGCAAUCCCAACGCUGGCGCCAACCCGAACAGUUUCGAGAUACCCGUGCAGCCAAUCACGGCGGGCGACAAGGCUGGCGCUUCAAUAGUCACCAUCAUUGUCGUCUGCUCCACCGUCUCUCUGCUCGGCUGGAUGAGCCUUGGCGCGUAA